UGAGACGGGUAAAGUGCUGACACAGAUGAAAGCAGGAGAUUUUUUUGGAGAAAUAGGGAUACUCAACCUUGAUGGAUUUAACAGGCGAACUGCUGACGUGCGGUCAGUCGGCUACUCAGAACUCUUUAGUCUUUCCAGAGAAGACAUCUUAGCAGCGAUGAAAGAUUACCCAGAAGCUCAGGACAUUUUACAGACAAUGGGUCGGAAACGUUUAAUGGAAGCCCGACUUGCAGCUAAUGUAGGCAAAAGUGGUGCUAACACAGCGGAAGCGAAUCUGCCGUCUACAAAGAAAGGCCAGUCAGAUGGUGGGCGGAAAGGUGCUCUUAAAUCUCGAACAGCCGUCUCUAAGCUAAAAGAAGAUGUUCGAAGUUUAAAGAAGCUACUCAGGAGCCGAUCGACACCUACUGGCAAAAGCGGAGAUUCAGAAGAAAAUGUUGAAAUGAAACCGAUCCCUGCCUCUCGUGAAAAAGUAAUAACAAUCACUGAGAAGCAACCAGGAAGAAGAAAUGCCUCUAUUAGGAAAUUAAUGAGGAGGAUGCAUUUAAAAGGAGAAGAUGGGUCAAGUGGGGUUAAAGUCCUAACAGGUCGUUUGGCAAGCUUCCGAUCCAAGCCAGGGCGACUUAUUGGUGAAUCAACAUCGAUAUCCACUGAGAGCAGUGCAGACUCAGCCACACCUCUGAACAAAGGUUUGCCUUUAUUGCAAAGAGUGCGGAUGCUAGGGGAGCAAGAAAGAAGAGCAGCAGCAACUCAAGGGGCAGCUCCAACCUCCCCCCAAAAUGGCGCCAAUGCACCCUCAGAAAUAAUUGGGGAAGAAUCUGUUUUUCAAUAUGGUUUCAAUUUAUCUGUUAUAGAAUGUCUGUUUCUGAAAAGCUUUGAAGUCACUGCCUAA